CCUGCCUCGCAGCCGGCCGGCUUUGGGCUGCGCCUCAAAAGGACCCCGCGCGGGUGAGGAGGAGGAGGAGGAGAAGCACCACCCCGCCUCCCUCUCCCUCUCUCCCCUUCUGCAGCCGGCAGAAGAGCGUCUCCUCCGCUCGCCUGCGCCUGACUCCCGCCGCCGCCGCCUUUUGUUUGGCUUCUCUCAGCCGCCGGGCGGGCGGCGAGUCUCUCCGUCGGCUCCCUUGGGAUGGUUUCGUGGACCUGCUGCUCUACCGGCUGGCGAUGCCCUGCUAGGGCCUCGGCUCGCUAACUGCCAUGUCUCCAGCAGCGGACAGCUCGGGCCCCAGCAAGCGCAAGAGGCCCUGCGGCGCGGCGCCCUAAGCGAGCGGGACGCAGAGCCGGUGGAUGCGGCCGCCGGCAUGUCGGGCGGCAGAGUGGACGGCGGCGGGAGCGGCGCGGCCGCGCAUCGGAGGUCCGAGGCCAGCGAAGGGGUGGCGCAGAGAGACGAGGAGCAGGAAGAAGAUGCGGAGGAAGAUCUCCGAGAUGGAGGAGUCCCUUUCUUCGUCAACCGAGGCGGGCUGCCCGUCAACGAGGCCACCUGGGAGAGGAUGUGGAAGCACGUGGCCAAGAUCCACCCCGAGGGAGAAAGGGUGGCCCUGAGGAUCCGGGGAGCCACUGACCUGCCCAAGAUUCCCAUACCAAGUGUGCCUACGCUCCAGCCAUCCACUCUUAUCCCUGAGCGCCUGGAAGCUGUACAGCGUUAUAUCAGGGAGCUUCAGUACAAUCACACUGGGACACAGUUCUUUGAAAUCAAGAAAAGCAGGCCUUUGACUGGGCUGAUGGAUCUGGCCAAAGAAAUGACAAAAGAGGCUCUGCCAAUCAAGUGCCUGGAAGCUGUGAUCCUGGGAAUUUACCUCACCAACAACAUGCCAACCCUGGAGCGUUUCCCCAUCAGCUUCAAAACCUACUUCUCAGGGAACUACUUCCGCCAUAUUGUGCUGGGAGUGAACUUUGGAGGCCGCUACGGUGCCCUGGGCAUUAGUCGGCGUGAGGAUCUCAUGUACAAAGCGCCCACCUUCCGCACGCUGAGCGAACUGAUCUUUGACUACGAGGAGGCAUACCGGCGCUGUUGGCACACCCUAAAAAAGGUGAAGCUUGGCCAGUGUGUGUCCCAUGACCCACACAGCGUGGAGCAGAUUGAGUGGAAGCACUCCAUCUUGGAUGUGGAGAAGCUGGGCCGUGAGGACUUCCGCAAGGAGCUCGAGAGGCAUUCCCGUGACAUGAGGCUAAAGAUCAGCAAAGGAACAGGACCACCAUCGCCCACCAAGGAUAGGAAGAAGGAUGUGUCAUCCCCACAGCGAAGCCAAUCCAGUCCACAUCGUCGCAACAGCCGGACAGAACGGCGACCAUCUGGAGAGAAGAAGCCUACAGAGCCCAAAGCUAUGCCGGAUCUCAACGGUUACCAAAUCAGAGUAUAAAGAAGUCUUCUCACCAUUCAA